GAGUUCAUAUCGACUUAGCUUUCAAAUCAUUAAGAUGUCAACAGACGAACCUUCAGGUUCUGGUAGUACCAAACACGGUGUCAGGUACCUGCAGUACUCCUCUGCAUUUUCUGUUGGCAUUUUGCAAGUGUCCCAAUACGUUAACCUAGUAUGGGGAUCGCCGACUCUGCCACGAUUGCUGGCCCCAGACUCUCCCAUUGGAAAGCCGCUUACUUACGAUGAAGCUUCCUGGGUAAUGUCGAUAAUAUAUCUAGGCGUAGUGCUUGGUGGUCUAUUGCUGCUGCUGUUACUGGACAGGCUGGGACCAAAAAAUAUUCUUUUAAUCGGCGCUGUGCUUACUAUCGUCUCUUGGAUUAUCGUGGGGUUCGCCAAGUCCGUUGCGAUAUUAGUGGUUGGUCGAACUAUUGCGGGCAUUGGAGAUGGAAUUUCUAUUCCUUGCGUAAAUAUUUACAUUUGCGAAAUAGCAAGUAAGGAUAUCCGAGGAAGGUUGGGAGCGAUUCCUGCACUACUUGGUAUAAUUGGAAACACCUUCAUCUUUGGUGCAGGACCGUAUAUAGAAUACACAACCCUCAUAUUAGUGUGUGCUAGUUUUCCAAUUAUUUUUUUGGUAUUAUUUUACUUCAUGCCCAACUCGCCGUAUUUCUUGGUAAAGACGGGAAGAAGAAGAGAAGCCAAGAGAAGCCUAAUAAAAUUACUUGGUGAAAGUACCGACUCAGUAGUAGAAAAAGAAUUGAGAGAGGUGGAGGAAACAGUGAAAAGUGAGACUGGUGGACUAUCUCUCAUCCAAUUACUGUUAUUGCCUAAUUUCCGAAAAUCGCUACUGAUAGUAUUUGUUGCCCAUAAUGUCAUUAAUUUUUGUGGAGUUACGUUUAUAUCUCAAUAUCUUCAAGUUAUUUUGGCGUCCAGUGGGAUUCACAUGUCAAAGGAAUUGACAAGUGUGGUGUAUGGUGUUGUUCAACUUCCUGCGGUUGUACUGGCCGGAAUAGUAAUGGAUAAAUUUGGACGAAAACCGGUAUUCUGCAUUUCUUCCGCGGGAGCAAGCAUCACUUUAAUUCUCCAGGGCAUAUACGUUUACUUUCAAAGAAUAAUCGACUUAAAGAGCGUGUCUUUUAUACCCGUAGUGUGCCUAACUUUGUACAAGUUUUUUAUUUGUUUUGGUAUACUGCAUUUGCCAUACUUUUUCUCUGGCGAAUUAUUUACAACAAACACAAAGAAAGUUGGAAUAUUCAUCGUUUCGACGUAUUCUUCGGUUGUCGUUUUCGGAACGAUAAAACUAUUUGGGAACAACUUCGACGCGUGGGGCUUGCACAACAUUUGUUGGUUUUUUGGCAGUGUAUGUUUCUUAGGGGUAUUGUUUUCUUUGUUUAUAUUGCCGGAAACCAAAGGAAAAUCAUUCGCCGAGAUUCAAAAUCAUUUAGCUACUAAAAAAGGGUACUCCUCCCCUCGGGAGAAUAAGAACACCACUGCAACUAAUGAAACAACUAUGAUGUAAUUACAAAUUAGAAAUGUGCGAACUGGAGCUGUAAAAUCAAAAAUGAAGAAUGAGGAAGAGAAACUGAAUCUUUGUGCUUGCUUUUCACUAAUUAUGUUAAACACUUCUAUCGCAAAUAAAAGGAAACUGUGGUUGGUAGAUACAAUAUAUAUAUAAACUUGUAACAAAUAUAGCAAACGUGCUCCUGGGAGCACUGAACAUUUUAUCAGUUCUUCCUUGGGGGAUGAUAAACAAAGUAUUAAAAACAGAAGUGGAAAAUACGACACCGUUGGGGAGUUAUCUUGUCCAUAGAUGGACGGACGGACGGACAGAAAGUCCAAAAUCUAAUGAAUCGUUGCGUAAUGGGCUACAUUGGGCUUACAUUUGUUUUGUCUAUUGGUCAAAAUGGAAUAUACAUCUAAUGUUAGAACGUGAGUUCCAAGUAAAAUUUGUAAUAAAUAGGUUUCCAGAAUAUUAACAUGUUCGAACAGAUCAAAAUUUAUGGAAGAAUGGACAAUUUGCUAUAUUAGGCAACCAACAUGCUUAAUAAAAUAAUAAUGAAACGGUAGA